UUCCUGUGUAUUCUAUGAUCUGGUUUCACGCGUUGUCAUCUUGUGAAAAUGCAGGCGUCAGUUAAAGUACAAUGAAAGCGCCAGCCAGUGAAAGCCAUCUGAAGUAGCCUGCCUGGAGAUGCAGGCUCAUGGAUGCCAGACUUUAUGCAACAUGCGGCGUUAACGUGCAUCAGGCAACUCUCAUAACAACCCCAGUGUCUAGGACUAAUCACUGCAGAAAUGCAGGUUAGUCAUCAGGUCACCAGCAGCACGCCUCUCCAAAUCCCACCCCAGCCUGAACUUGCCACUCUCAGGAACCGACACCCAAUCCUGCUGGACAGCAUCCAGCCUGUCUUGGCCCAGAACAUUAUAAAUACUAACAGGGGGAUGGAGGGACCCGUCCAGCCACAGGCACCACGCACCUCCAGGUCCUGCAGCUCCUCUGGUCUUGGUAAAUGCUGGAGCCUGGAUGUGAGGGUGGCUGUGCUGCUGGUGACCCUGGCUGGAGCUGUAAUCCUGCUGCUGCUGUACCGACUCCUACAGCUCAGACACAGGCUGAAGCUGGCCAGGGCGCGGCACGCUCUCGAAUACUACAGCUUCUACCAUGCUGCUGCCUACACACUCAAGGAUCCCGGCUUGCCCGAAGUGCUGCCAGCCAAGACUGGGAAUGGCUCUGAGGUGACUCCUCCUGUCCAAACGGCGACCCCGGUGACACCCACCACCAACACCCUGCUGCCGCCCCCACCAGUGUCCCCUCCACCUCCGCUGCCCCUCCCUCCGCCUCCGGUCCUCCCCCCACCUCCCGCCCUUCCUCCGCCUCCUCUCGUCCGUCCACCUCCUCUCCCUCCGACACCCUCUCUCAUAUCCCUCCCUCUCCCCCUGCCUGUCAUACACACCACCCCACCCAGUCCUCACCUGUCGUGGGGCGCCAGCUCAGAUGCAGAUGUGUACUCUCGGAUUGGAGCCUUUAGGCCCUCCAGGCUCUCCAGCCUCUCCAGCCAAACGCAGGUCAUCCUGUUUGAACACUCCUCUCUCUGACUAUGGAAGUGGGACACAACUGGAAAAAAGUAAAUGUGGUGAAAACACUCUGGUGAUUUUUGCCGGGAGACCAAAGACUACCUGUGUAGGAUCAAUAUGAUUUUGGGAAUAAGGCCAUACUCUUCUGCAGAUGAACACUCAGAUGUAUAGACAUUAUUAAUGUAAGCAAUUGUUGAUUUUUACCUCUUACUCAGAGUGACAUAUGUAUAUACUGUAUUUGUGUGUAAGUGCUCUCUCUCUCUCCCUCCCCCUCUGUCAAU